AUGUUGUCCCAGUCUUCCAAUCCCCGAGCCCGUCGCCGCUCAAGUGUUGGAGCAAAACCCCGGGUGUGCAGCCACUGUGGUCGGAGCUUUAGGAGAACCGAGCAUCUCGAUAGGCAUGUCCGCACUCAUACCAAGGAAAAGCCCUACGUUUGCUUCUGCGGCGCCGCCUUUACUCGACGGGAUCUCCUGAAACGCCACUCUCGCAUCACGCACGAUAAUAAUGGUUUGAUAUCGCCCAACUCCCAACCAGACCGAGAUGCGUCGGAUCAACACCCCCAGGCGGCUGCACGUCGCACGUCGGACCUGUCGACAUCGACAUCCCACCCGCAGCAGCCGCCGCCUCAGCCUCAGCAGCAACCGUACAAUGUCCAACCUACCCCGCGAUCCGAGAUGCCCCCGCCGGUGCAGUCUACUACAAUGGAGCAAUGGCCUGGACCACAGCAGCCGCCACCGCAGGUCCCAUAUAUGGAACAGAACGUUCCAGGUAUGCUGCAUCCAAGCAGCAGCCAUGCAGUUCUAGAUCCGCAUCCUGCCGUUACCCACGAUGCCGACAUCCUGCAGGCCGCUCAGCUCCUACUGCCCGGCAACUUUCGGGAUCCCCAACCCCCUGCUCAACCGAUGCCAUAUCUACCGGAGGACUUGAAUCAUUUCCAGGAUUUCACCCAUUUCUUGGACUCGAUCGGACUUCCCUCCGAAUGGGUUCCUGCGAUGGGCGAUGUCCCUCAAGUACAGAGUGCAAUCCCCGCCGACGUCCCGGACCCUAGUCGGACUACAAGAGACGCACCGGGAUCGUCUCGUCGGGGCCAGAGGGAGGGCUCGCGGGGUGAUUCUCCAUUCCGGUCCUGGUUGCCAUCCGUACCACCCGGUGAUCAAAGCUUGGGAACGGUCUCUGAUUAUGAACCACCUCAAAUCUCCACGAAGUCUACUCCGCUCAAGGUGAGCGAAGAGCAAAGGCUGCGCCUUGCCACUUCUCUAGAAGAGUUCCGGCAUCUUAUACCGGAUUUUGUCUUGCCCUCUCGACACACGUUGACGAGAUACUUGACCUCGUUCUUUGACGGAUUCCAUCCUCACCUACCCUUCCUUCAUGUCCCGACUCUUCGAAUCAACGAGCGCGCUCCGGAGCUUAUUCUGGCGCUUUUGACAGUGGGUGCACAGUACCGCUUUGAGCAUCGCAAUGCGGAGAGGAUUUUCCAUGCCGCGAAGGCCAUUGCCCUUCACAGAAUCUCGAAAGAGUCUAGUCAGCCCCCAACAGGAGCCUACAACACGGUUAUUCAAAUACCAUUGGAAAAUCUGCGUGACCCGUCCCAGCAGCCCGGUCAACCCCCGAUACUCGCACCGGCUGAAAAUGCGAUAGGGAUGAGCGCGUGGAGGCAAAUUGAAAACAUCCGAACGUUGCUUUCCCUGAUGGCGUAUUCUACUUGGGAAGGUGCUGAGUUGGUGCAAGAGUCUUUUGGUAUUCAGAAUCUGCUUGUGCGAUGUCUCCGCGAUUUUGGUAUGACAGAGAAUAUCACUGUGGCCCCAAGACAUGCACCUCUUCAGUGGCACGAGUGGGCGGAAGAGGAGUCUAUCCGACGGACACGUUUCAUCGCCUUCUGCUUUGUUCACGUCCAUAGCAUAGCAUACAAUAUCUACCCAGUGCUCCGCAGCAGCGAAGUACAUCUGCGCUUGCCAUGCUCGACGAAGGAGUGGAAGGCAGGCUCAGCCCAAGAAUGGGAGGCGGCUCAAAAGGAAGUCGGCUCGCAGCAAUUAUUUUUCCAAGAUGCAUUGGCACUUCUUCUACAACAGUCGCGGUCCACAAUCAUGUUGGAUCCAAUCCCAGCCCCAUUGGGUAACUAUAUAUUGCUCCAUGGCCUUCUUCAGCGCAUCCACCUGGUGAGUGAGCUUUCUUUGCCGACAGGCGACCAGAUGCUCUCAUUGCCGACGGAGGAGUUGAAUAAACUUGAGCGAGCAUUGCGAUCUUGGACUUCGGUUUGGCAACAAGCCCCUGAGUCAAGCCUUGACCCUCAUAAUGAAAACGGGCCUAUACCAUUUACGUCGAGCUCACUCCUAGGCCUCGCCUACGUUCGACUAUCCCUUAAUUUGGGUCCUUUCCGUCAACUUGAGACACGAGACCCGUACAGAAUUGCCACUGCAUUGCACAGAUCUCCACGACCCGGACGAAGCUACCGGUUGACCCCUGCACUUAUCUAUUCGGCGCAUGCAUUGAGCAUUCCCGUGCGGCUUGGAAUUGACCAUGUCGCACGCAGCCAGGCCUUCUUCUGGAGUGUCCGGCAUUCAAUUGCCAGUCUGGAAUGUGCCGUUCUUCUCAGUAAAUGGCUACUAUCGUUGGCAGAAACCGGCAAUGACCAAAAAUUGAGCGAUAACGAAAGUCGCAUCCUGCAUUGGACACGCUGCAUCGUCGAGGAAGCAUACACCUCGAUGGACUUGGAUGAGGGAGAAGUUCUCCCUGGCCAGGACCCUGCCAGCCUUGGAGGGGCUGUGAUCAAACUGUGGGCCCGUCUCUUCCGCAAAAACACGCAAUGGCCAUUUAUAAAUACACUUGGAGAGAGUCUAGAGAAAUACCUGGCCUUGGUUCGGCCGGCAUGA